CUAGUUAGAAUUUGUUAUUAUGAGAAAAAUCCAUUUUACGGUACUGGUUCUCCAUCAUACUAUCAUGCCCUCUUGGAGGUCCCAUGUUAAGCCUGUUAAUUCCUCCACCCAUUUCAGUACUAGUUUGAAAAUUAAACGAAGAGAAUCUGGAGGGGGUCAUCUCUGUUUGCCUAGGAAAGAAAGGGACGAAAGAAGGCUCUUCGAUCUUAUUUUCGAUGCCUUUGGCAUCUUCUUCUGAAAUAUCGCUAUGAUAGUGGAAGUUAUCAUUGAUCGUUCUGCUUUCAAAAAGUUGGAAGCCCUGAUCCCUAUCUCUCCUGAAACUAGGCUGGGGCUUUGUCAUAUCAGACAUAAAAAGCUGGCUAGUCUGAGGCCUAAACUCUGGGAUACUCUCCCUCAUAGUGUGACUAGAGUGUCCUAUUCUGUUAUAAUUUGAGCUGAACGUAUUGGUAAACCCGAAAGUUGGCAUUUGCAUCAUCCCAGUUUCACUAGAGUUGAGACUGGUAUUAUUAAAUCCGGAUAAACCUUCUUCUUUCCUAGCCAUUUCACCAGGAUGUAGAGGCUCUGAAUUAAGCCGAGAAUUGGAUUUGUACUUUUGUUUCUUAUAGCCUUCGUGUUUAGUUCGGUGUAGACAUAAUUUGCCUCUUUGUCUAAACCCUUGAGUGCACCCAUCAAUCCCACAGAUAUAAGGCAAAGCCUGGGAAUGAAUAUGUUCAUGCUCUCUAAGGUUAUGUGCCAAGGAGAACUUCUUGCUGCAAAUCUUUCACUCAUGCUUAUUUAGUUUUGAAAUGCUUGGCUUUGAUAUGCCUGGUCAAUGAAUAUUUAGCUUUAAACAUAUUCUCUCACCCUUUGAAAUCACAUAUGAAGACUUUGUCUGAAGAUGACAUAU